UUUCCUCUUAUUGGUAAGAUAUCUCCAUCACUUCUUCAAUUAUUUGAAUUAUCAUCAGUGCAGGUCAUAACUAAAAGUAUUUCCAUUUGAGAUACCACAUUCACUAGAAGGAAGGAAACCCACGUCAGGGGAGCAUCUUGCUUCUACAAUCUCCAUCAUGGAUCGUCACCUUACUUCUUUUCCACUUCUCUUUAGCUUUCUUGCUUUCAUAUUUAUGCUUCUGAGAAUAUGGAGUAAAUCAGAAAACAAGAAGUCAAAUUCGGUCGCACCACCAGGUCCAUGGAAGCUACCUCUUAUAGGAAACAUGCACAAAAUGAUCGGCUCUCUGCCCCAUCGUCGCCUACGAGAUUUAGCCAGAAAAUACGGAUCUAUCAUGCACCUUCAGCUAGGUGAAGUCUCCACAGUUAUCUUUUCUUGUCCAGAGGUUGCCAAAGAAGUAAUCAAAACACAUGACGUUAAUUUUGCCACAAGACCUUAUAAUCCUGCCAUAGAUAUCAUAUUCUACAACUUUAAAGAUGUUAUAUUUGCGCCAUACGGAGAGUAUUGGAGACAGAUGCGUAAAAUGUGCACAGUGGAGGUCUUAAGUGGAAGAAGGGUUCAUGCGGCACGACCAAUCAGAGAAGAAGAGACAUUGGAGUUCAUUAAAUCCAUUUCUCUUAAGACGGGGUCAAAAAUUAACCUCAGCGAGAUGUUAUCUUGUUUAACGUUUUCAAUCAUAUUGAAAGCAGUAUUUGGUGGGAGUAGUGAGAAGCAUGGAGCCUUUGUUCCACUUAUAAGAGAAAUAAUGGAGGUUAUCGGAGGUUUCAGUUUAGCUGAUAUGUUCCCAUCCAUAAAAUUCUUUCAUAUGAGCAGUGGGACGAGGACUCGACUUGAGAGCCUGCAUCAUGAAAUUGACCAGAUACUUGAAAGCCUAAUAAAAGAAAAUAGACUUAAUAGGUCAAGAGUCAAUUCCAGUGAUGCUGAUAAUUUUUUAGACAUUCUCUUGAAUCUUCAGGAAUAUGGAGACUUCUCCUUUACAACAAACAACAUCAAAGCAGUUGUACUGGACAUUUUCGUUGCUGGGACUGAAACAUCGUCUACAACUUUAGAUUGGGCAAUGUCAGAACUGUUAAAGAAUCCGAGAGUGAUGGCAAAGGCUCAAGCAGAGGUGAGAGAGGUCUUUGGUAAAAAAGGACAUGUAGAUGAAGCAAGACUCGAAGAACUAGAAUUCUUGAGAGCAGUUAUCAAAGAAACUCUAAGGUUACACCCUCCCGCACCAUUGUUGUCUCCAAGAGAAUGUAGAGAGAGAUGUCAGAUUAAUGGAUAUGAGAUACCCGAAAAGACCCGCAUUAUCAUCAAUGCAUGGGCAAUUGGAAGAGAUCCUAACUAUUGGACUGAAGCAGAGAGAUUCUAUCCGGAGAGAUUCCUCAAUAGCUCAAUUGACUACAAGGGGAAUAACUUUGAAUUUCUUCCAUUUGGUGUUGGACGAAGGAUAUGUCCUGGAUUGUCACUUGGGAUAGCUAACACUAAGCUUCCACUUGCGCAAUUACUAUACCAUUUUGAUUGGAAACUCCCUGAUAAUAUCAAACAAGAAGAUCUGGACAUGACUGAACGUUUUGGUAUUGUAGUUACAAGAAAAAGUGAUCUGGUCUUAAUUCCUAUUCCUUAUAAGUCCUCUGUUGUUGAGGAAAACAAGUGAUGUUCCCCUAUAUUACGACAUUUUCGUUUGUUAUCAAGUCUAUGUUUAUGUUGGAUUGUUGUCUUAAGUUUGUAAUAGAUAUGUAGUUUCUCUAA